AUGUCUUCGAACAAGAUGGAGCAGAGCCUCGACGACAUCCUUAAGGCUUCCAAGACCUCCCGCCGUGGCCGUGCUGGACGCCGCUCUGGUGCUGGACGUCCCGCCACUGCUCCCGCCCCUGUCGGAGGUGUUUCCAAGUCGACCAAGCAAGGCAAGCAGGCCAAGGCUACACCGACCGCGCCCGCAGCCUCUCUCAGCGGUGAGACGAAGAUCAUGGUAUCUAACUUGCCACGGGACAUCGAUCAAGUCCAACUCCAGGAAUACUUUGUUUCAGCCGUCGGCGUGGGCCGACCGAAGAAGGUCCUCUUGCAAUAUGACGCCGCUGGCCGCAGUGUAGGCAGUGCAACUGUCAUCUUCAACAGGCACGACCAAGCUACGAAGGCAACUGCCGCACUGGAUGGUGUCAAGAUCGACGGUCGCCCUGUUCGUGUCGAGAUCCUCGUCAGCGCCAGCGCCAUCCCGGCCACAACCCGUUCGACUUCUCUUGCCGACCGUGUUACCCAAGCGAAAAAGGACAAGCCCAAGCCUGCUACAGCUGAAAAGGCCGCCGCUGGUGCCGCACGCGGCCGUGGUCAAACACGUGGUCGCGGAAAGGGCCGUGGAGGUCGCGACGCUCGUCCCAAGAAGAAGACAGUCGAGGAGCUCGAUGCUGAGAUGGCCGACUACUUCCCUGGAGGCGAGACCAGCAAUGCUGCCAAUGGCGUUGAAGUUGCCCAGGUCACCGCCGGCGGUGACACUGCCAUGGACGACGAGAUGCUUUGAGCGCCUCUCCGGUUGGCACGCUUCCACUCUCAUUUACCCUGUCAUGAUUUAAUUGAGCAUUGUUCAAAACUGUUUGGCUUUCCCGGUAGCCGGUCUGGUUUCACCUUUCUUUUCUUGGAAGCGCUAUCUUUUCGAAAUACUUCACGAUGAACUGUCCGUGGCAAGCGGGCAUCAGGUCAGCAGCGGGCGCGGUUCGGUUUUUGUACAUUACCCAUGAAUGUCUCCUCUUCGGCUCACAAAUUGCACUCUGAGCUCAGUUAGUUUCAAUACAGAACGACCAUGAUAGAGGAUCCCAUUUACCA